AUGUCGACAGAUACUGGACACAACAGCACCGCUUUCGAUGGCACAUGGGCCUAUGGACAACAAGACAAGCUCAAAGAUUGGGGCUACCGUGCCAUGCACGGAUCGACAGUGCUGGGUAAGCAACUAACCCAAAGCUACUACGGCUACAAACCAAAGUAUAGUUACUACAGAGGCUGCUCGACCGGCGGACGUCAAGGUCUUCGUGACAUUCAGCUCUAUCCCGAGGACUUUGAUGGUGUUAUCGCUGGAGCUCCUGCUUGGUACCUGACUCACAUGUCGCCAUUCACACUCAAAGCUGGUACUUACAACCUCCCCGUCAACGAAUCGACUCAUAUUCCAAAUACCCUGUUUCCCGUCAUCAAUGCUGAAGUCCUUCGACAAUGCGACGGUGUCGAUGGUGUCAAAGACGGCAUCCUCUCUGACCCGCAAGCUUGCGACUUCGACAUGGAUGCUUUGCUGUGCACUCCAAAGAGUAACCAGUCUGAGUGCUUGACGGCACCUCAACUCACCACCCUAUUCAAGAUGUACUCUGACUAUGUUGAGACAAACGACACUUGGGUGUUCCCCCACUACUGGAAGGGCAGCGAACUUGGCUGGCCACUCGUCUUUGGUAACCCGCCAGGAGGUCUAGGCGUGGACUACGUGACCUCGUUCAUGCAGUACGGCCCCAACUGGAAGUGGCAAGACUAUGACUACAGCGUUGUCCAGAACGCCGAGAGGAUCCGUCCCGGCAACGCAACGGCCGAUGACUUUGACUUGUCCCCUUUCAAGAAGAACGGCGGCAAGCUGCUGAUUUACCAUGGAAUGGCUGAUCAGUUGAUCCCGACUGGCAGCAGUUUGUAUCUCUACUCUCAGAUCUUGCGCGAACUUGCACCUCGAGGAAUCGAGCUGGACGACUUCUUCCGCUUCUUCCUAGUUCCUGGCAUGNGGGUAAGUUGCCUUCCUCUCCCUUUGCAUCAUAGCGCCGAUCAACUGACCACACCCAACAGCCACUGCAGCGGCAACUUCGCUCCCGGUCUCGCACCCUGGUACUUUGCGGGCGGCAGUCAAGUCCUCAAUCCAGGUACCACUGGAGUACCAGGGUUCAGAGAUGCUGCUCAUGAUAUCAUGCUUGCCAUGAUGGAGUGGGUUGAGCAUGGUAUUGCGCCCAGUCAAAUCAUUGCUACGACUUGGAAGAACGAUACUACACAAGAUACGGUGUUGAGACAAAGACCGCUGUGCAUGUAUCCCAAGAAGCAGAAGUAUGUUGGUGGGGAUGUUGAUAAAGCGGCGAGUUGGACUUGUGUUUGA